AUGUCUGAGUCAACGAACACAAAUACUCCGAAGCCGAGUAGUAGCGUUAAGCUUGUACUUUUGGGAGAGGCGGCCGUUGGAAAGUCAUCGUUGGUCUUGCGAUUUGUCAAUAACGACUUCCAAGAAAACAAAGAACCGACUAUUGGAGCCGCUUUCCUUACCCAAAAAUGUUCACUCCCAACUCGAACGAUCAAAUUCGAAAUCUGGGAUACUGCCGGUCAGGAGCGCUUCGCCUCGCUCGCUCCCAUGUACUACCGUAACGCCCAGGCAGCAUUGGUGGUUUACGAUGUCACCAAACCCUCCUCUCUCACAAAGGCCAAACACUGGGUGGCGGAGCUUCAGCGGCAAGCCAGCCCCGGGAUUGUCAUCGCGCUCGUUGGUAAUAAGCUGGACUUGACAAAUGAUGGGAACGAGGCUUCGGGCGAGUCCCAAACUGAUGGCGACCGUGAGUCACCUGCGGCUGGCGAAGAUGAUGAUGCUGCCGGAGAGAUCGCAGAGGAAUCGGAUGCCACGCCGGGGGAUGCGCGGAAGAUACCGACAAGAGAGGCUAGCGCUUAUGCGGACGAAGAGAGUCUUUUGUUCUUCGAGACCAGUGCGAAGACUGGGGUGAACGUGGUGGAUGUUUUUACAGCGAUCGCCAACGCCAUCCCCGAGAGCAGCUUGAAGAGCGGACGAGGUGCCGGUGCCGGGACCGGUCAGACUACGUUGGGAGGUGGCCGACAGGCCGAGGAUUCACGAGUGAACCUGGGGGAUCGGACGUCCGCUACGGCCAAAGAAGGAUGUGCCUGUUAA